ACCUACAUUCUCCUUUGCAAAAGAGGUUUAAGGCCUGGGAAAGAACAGAAUUUGUUCGAAUCGCUCUCCUAGACUAAGUGUUUUGGAAACUCACACCUGCUCUGGAGUAAUUCCUUUCGAGCUGUGAACUAGCAUACUCGAAACCUUCUCUCGUAAACGCUCCAAAAGAGUGGAAGAUAGGAGAAACAUGGCAGAUUCAGGAAUAGGGGAAACACUGGUAUGGAGCGGGGAGGAGGGCGUGGAGGAGGAGGAAACAGAGGAUGAGGAGGAUGAGGAUGAGGUGGUGAAUGCAUUGGAGUGGGCAGAAUUGCGAGAGGCAAGAGGGAACAACGGAGGCUCCUACACUGCUACGGCCAGGCGCCCCAAUGCCCACGGAGGCAUACAUGGUAAUGUUGCUACUUCAUUGCAGCCGCGUACCAAUCAGCAGCAGAAGCUCUUUACUCAUAUCCAUGCCGGACCUCUUGAGGAAUGGGAAGGCAGGACAAGUUAUGGUAUGUCAAACUCUGUUACAAAGGAAAUUCGUGAAAGUGUUCUCAAGCUUUCAGUGGGUCGUGUUCGAAACAAUGAGAGAGCAGAUAGGGCUACUGUUGAACAGGUGCUGGAUCCCAGGACACGUAUGGUUCUGUUCAAAAUGCUUAAUCGGGGUGUUUUUCAAGAUAUAAAUGGCUGCAUUUCUACGGGUAAAGAGGCAAAUGUGUACCAUGCAACAAAAGACGAUGGAGAGGAGCUGGCUAUCAAGGUUUACAAAACUUCUAUUCUUGUUUUUAAGGACAGAGAAAGAUAUGUUCAAGGAGACUUUCGUUUCAGGCAUGGGUAUUGCAAGCAUAAUCCAAGGAAAAUGGUGAAGACAUGGGCAGAAAAAGAAAUGAGGAAUCUAUCAAGGAUAAAGGCAGCUGGGAUCCGGUGCCCAACACCUAUCCUCCUACGACUUCAUAUUCUUGUCAUGGAGUUCAUAGGACAAAAUGGUUGGGCUGCGCCUCGUCUCAAAGAUGCUGCUUUGUCAGAAGACACGCUGCGUGAAGGUUAUGUGGAGAUCAUUAUCAUGAUGCGUACCUUGUAUCAGAAAUGCAAGCUUGUGCAUGGAGAUCUAAGUGAAUACAAUGUUCUUUAUCAUGAGGGCCAUCUUUACUGUAUUGAUGUUUCGCAGUCUGUAGAUCUUGAUCAUCCACGGGCCUUAGAUUUCUUACGAGAGGAUUGCCUUCAUAUCUCGGAUUUUUUCAAGAAAAAUGGAGUGGCAGUUAUGACUGUUCGGGAGCUUUUUGACUUUGUAGUUGAUCCAUCCAUUGCAGAUGAAGAUGUUGAUGAAUACCUGGAAAAGAUGCAACAAAAAAUCCAAACCCGAGGCACACAAUCAUCUACAGAGGACGAAAUUGCUGAAGCUGUUUUUGUGCAGUCAUUUAUCCCAAGGACAUUGGGUCAGGUAAAAGAUUUUGAGAAGGACAUAGAUCAGAUUACCAGUGGCAAAAAUACUGAAGGUAUAUACUAUCAAACAAUCACUGGUCUGAAAGAGGACCUAUCUGGCGUGCGCGUUGUUCCUGCCAUCUUAGAAAACAUGAAUGAUCAGCUUGCAGAAGGAAUUGAGGAAUGUCAUGCAGAUUCAAACUCUGAUAAUGAGGAGUUUGGAGGAGCUUCAAGAAAGGUUUCAAAAAGUGUCACAAUAGAUGAAGGAGGUAAUGAUAGUCAGCUUAGCUCUGUUGAUUCUGAGGAUGAGGAAUCUGAUGAAACCGAGGGCAAUCAGUUAUCAUGUGAAAAGAAACAUGUUGAUAAAAAAGCAAUUCGCAAGGAGCAUAAAAAGGCAGUAAAGGCAGAAAAGAGGGAAGCUCGAAAAACUAAAAUUCCCAAGGCUGUGAAGAAAAGAAAAAAGAAGACAUCUAAGGAGAAGAUGCGGCACUGAACUAUAAUCCAUUGUUCAUUUCUGUGUGGUGUACCAUAUAGAUAAAAUCAUUAAUUGUGAUCUAUUAGUUUGAUUUAUAAUUGAUUCUCUUUGCAGUUUUA